CAAAAAAUUGUUGCCUGUCAUUUUCAGCUUUGUGAGAGCCGCUUUUCAUCCAAAAAGAAGAAAAGAAAAAUCGUAAAAUCAUCAUUUUUCCCAAAAAAUAUAUGUGCAUUUUCAUCUUGAAAACAAAUCUUCUUUUAUCUUGUUCAUUUUAAACAAAAUAAUUCGAUUCCAUCUAAUUAAAAAUGCCGUCUGCAGAAGUUACUGUAAAUAAAGUCAUUGUGCAUCCAUUGGUGUUGCUCAGUGUGGUUGACCAUUUUAAUCGUAUGGGAAAAAUCGGCAAUCAAAAACGCGUUGUUGGAGUGCUCCUUGGUUGCUGGCGAUCAAAAGGCGUCCUUGAUGUAUCAAAUAGUUUUGCUGUUCCCUUCGACGAAGAUGACAAAGACAAAUCUGUUUGGUUCCUUGAUCAUGACUAUUUAGAGAAUAUGUAUGGCAUGUUUAAGAAGGUCAAUGCCCGCGAAAGAGUUGUCGGUUGGUAUCACACCGGACCCAAACUCCAUCAAAACGAUAUUGCUAUCAACGAACUUGUUCGCCGAUACUGCCCCAACUCUGUCUUGGUAAUAAUCGACGCUAAACCAAAAGAUCUCGGCCUUCCAACUGAAGCAUACAUUGCCGUCGAAGAGGUUCAUGAUGAUGGAACACCCACAAGCAAGACAUUCGAGCAUGUUCCCAGUGAAAUUGGCGCCGAGGAGGCCGAAGAAGUUGGUGUGGAGCAUCUUUUGCGUGACAUUAAGGACACAACUGUUGGCAGUCUCUCACAAAAAAUUACCAAUCAAUUGCAAGGCUUGAAAGGUCUUAAUGCCCAAUUGAAAGACAUUAAGAACUACCUACAGAAAGUUGGCGAUGGCAAAUUGCCCAUCAAUCAUCAAAUUGUCUAUCAACUGCAGGAUAUCUUUAAUCUUCUGCCCGACAUCACAUCAGAUCAAUUCACAGAGACGAUGUAUGUGAAGACAAACGAUCAGAUGUUGGUUGUUUAUUUGGCCUCGAUGGUGCGUUCAAUUAUUGCUCUGCAUAAUUUGAUUAAUAACAAGUUGACGAAUCGAGAUGCCGAAGAGGGCAAGAAAGAAGAAGGCAAAGAUAAGAAGGAGAAAGAUAACAAAGAUGCAAAGGAUAAGGAUAAAAAGGAAGAGAAAACUGAUAAAAGUAAAGAUGAGAAAGUAAAGAAGUAAAUAAUUAUUUAGAGUUUUCAGUCUUUAUUAUCGUCGGUCGAUUUGAAAAGAGAAUUUCGUUUAUUUUUUUUAUUUUCACAUGCCUCCCCAAAAUAACGGUAUUUUCCUUUUAUAUUGCUCUGAAUAAAUUAUAGUAUAAAAAAAAUUAACACUUGUCCCGUUAAGAAUUAACUAAAAUAAAAAGAAAUACACAAUAAA